AUCGAUGUUUGCUGGCAUCGCCUCGCCCUGCCUGUGUGUGCGCGCGUGUGUGUGCGUGUGUGUGUGUGCGCGUGUGUGCGCGCGUGUGUGCGCGCGUGUGAGUGUGUGUGCGUGAGCCCGCGGGUGCCAGAUUUCCUCCCAUCCCGCGCCUCCCCGCCCGCUCCCACAUCACUCACUGCCUGGCAUCUGACAGCACGGAACCUGCAGCGCUCCGCACACGCACACACCCCGCACGCCCGGGCACCGCUCCGCCAUACAGCCCUGCCAGCAGGAGGAGGAGGAGGAGGAGGAGGAGAGGAGAGGAAAGGGAGGAAGCAGCCAGCCCCACAGUCUUUCCAGAGCUGCCUUUUUUAUUAUUAUUAUUUUUUCCCUUUUUUAAUAUAUACAUAUCUAUUUUGUUAUUUAUUUAUUACCGUUCUCUGGCACUGUGGGCGCCUUUCAUUUGCUCCUGAGCUCGGAUGUUUGAAUCAAAGCAAAGCAAGUGUUGCAACAGUUAAAAAAAAAAAAAGCCAACCAAAAAAAAAAAAAAAAAAAAAGAGAGAGCGAGAGAAAGAAAGAAACCUAGAUCUCUAAAAUAAAAUAACCCCCAAGCAGGUUCCUAUCAGUGGAGUGGGAAGGCGGGGGGCAGGGGAGGCUGGGGGGGGGUGUCGGGGAGAGCAGCUCAGAGGCAGAGGCAGAGGAACACGGCUCAGGAGCGUCUCAGGGCUCUCGGAUCUGGGGACAGAAGUGAGAUUGGAGAAAGUAGAGCGAUGCCAAGGAGGAAACAGCAAGCACCCAAACGGGCUGCAGGUUAUGUCCAAGAGGAAGAUUUAAAGGAAGAGGAAGAUAUAAAGGAGGAGGAAGAAGAUGAUGACGACAACAAUUCAACUGCUCAACUCCAGGGCAGCAACGACACUGGCACGGAUGAGGAGCAUGAAGCGGGUCCUGAGCAGAAAGGGAACUUUAGUUACCAGAAUUCCCCUGUCAGUCAUAUAUCUAACCAGGAUGCAGAAAACGAAUCACUGCUAAGUGACGGUAGUGACCAUGUGGCAGAUAUUAAAAGCAUUUGCUCUAGAGAGCCACGGGACCCCAAAACCAGCGCCCAUCCCAAAGCCCAGAAUGAAGCACAUGAUUGCAUGGACAAAAUGACAGCGGUCUAUGCCAACAUACUGUCAGACUCUUAUUGGACAGGCUUAGGGCUGGGUUUCAAGUUGUCCAACUCUGAAAAGAGGAGUUGUGACAACAGAAAUGGAGGGAACAAAGCUGAUUUUGAUUGGCACCAAGACGCACUGUCAAAAAGCUUACAGCAGAAUUUACCUUCCAGACCUGUCUCGAAACCCAACCUGUUCAGCUCAGUCCAGCUCUACAGGCAGAGCAGCAAAAUGUGUGGAACUGUGUUCACGGGUGCCAGCCGGUUUCGGUGCCGGCAGUGCAGCGCCGCCUACGACACGUUGGUAGAGCUAACGGUUCAUAUGAAUGAGACAGGUCACUACCAAGACGACAACCACAAAAAGGACAAGCACAGACCUACCAGCUACUCAAAGCCACGAAAACGGGCUUUCCAGGACAUGGACAAGGAAGAUGCACAAAAAGUUCUGAAAUGUAUGUUCUGUGGUGACUCUUUUGAUUCCCUUCAAGAUCUGAGUGUUCAUAUGAUAAAAACAAAACAUUACCAAAAAGUGCCUUUGAAGGAGCCGGUACCAACCAUUUCUUCAAAAAUGGUCACUCCAGCAAAGAAACGCGUGUUUGACGUUAACAGGCCUUGCUCCCCCGAUUCCACGACGGGGUCGUUCUCAGAUACUUUUUCUCCUCAGAAGAAUGCGAACCUGCAGUUAUCGUCUAACAACCGCUACGGCUACCAGAAUGGCGCCAGCUACACGUGGCAGUUUGAGGCCUGCAAAUCCCAGAUUUUGAAGUGUAUGGAAUGUGGAAGUUCCCAUGACACCUUGCAGCAGCUCACGACCCACAUGAUGGUCACUGGCCAUUUCCUGAAAGUCACAAGUUCAGCUUCAAAGAAAGGAAAGCAACUUGUUCUGGAUCCUUUAGCCGUGGAAAAAAUGCAAUCGCUGUCUGAAGCACCGGCCAAUGACAGCCCGGUUUCAAAAUCAACCAGUAAAUCAUCUGCCGAGUGCAUAGCUCCCACCUCCGAAGUAAAAAAAGAAAGUAAAAAAGAUAAAGCUGAUGAUGCAAACAAAGAUGAGAAAGCAGUAAAAACUGAGGAGUAUGAAGACACGCUUCAGAAACCACUGGAUCCCACAAUGAAAUACCAGUACCUCAGAGAAGAAGACUUAGAAGAUGGUUCAAAGGGUGGUGGGGACAUCUUAAAGUCCUUGGAGAACACUGUCACAACAGCCAUCAAUAAAGCUCAAAACGGAGCGCCCAGCUGGAGCGCAUACCCCAGCAUCCAUGCAGCUUAUCAGCUCUCAGAAGGAGCUAAACCGUCUUUGCCUGUGGGUUCCCAGGUACUGCAAAUCAGGCCAACGAUCACCAAUAAACUGAGGCCAAUAGCUCCGAAGUGGAAGGUCAUGCCUCUGGUCCCGGUCUCAGCAAAUGUGGCCCAGUGCACUCAAGUGAAGAAGGAAACUGAUGACAAGGAGGAGGUACAAAAGGACUAUGCUAAAGAGGGCAUCCAGGCUGAGCCUGCCUCACUCAGCCAGAGCGAGAGAGAACCUCUCCUCAAUUCUGAAGCCUCUGUGGAGCCAAAAAAGACAGAACCAUGUCCCUUGAAAGAAGAAGACAAAAUUAAAGAGGACAGCGGGAAAGAAAAAACAGUCCUCAAGGAACCAACCGCAGCUUCUCUUAGUAAUGGCUGUGCUGCUGCCAGCCACCCGGCUGAACUGCCUUGCGUCAACCCGCUCAGUGCGCUGCAGUCAGUCCUGAAUAAUCACUUGGGCAAAGCCACUGAGCCUUUACGGCCUCAGUCCAACUCCAGCCCCAGCUCUAGCACAAUGUCUAUGUUCCACAAACCUAACCUAAAUAUGAUGGAGAAGCCAGUUUUAUCUCCUGCUCCAACCCCACCAAAGCCUGCAAGUGUGUCCAGGCACUAUUUGUUUGAAAACAACGAUCAGCCUAUUGACCUGACCAAAUCCAAAGGCAAGAAAGCUGAGUCAGCUCAAGCACAAUCUUGUACUUCUCCACCUCAAAAGCAUGCUCUGUCUGACAUCGCUGACAUGGUCAAAGUUCUUCCCAAAGCUACUACGCCAAAACCCGCUGCAUCUUCAAGGAUCCCGUCUAUGAAAUUGGAAAUAGAUGUCCGACGCUUUGAGGAUGUCUCAGCAGAAGUCUCCACUCUGCAUAAGAGGAAGGGCAGGCAGUCAAACUGGAACCCUCAGCAUCUUCUCAUUUUGCAAGCUCAGUUUGCUUCCAGUCUCUUCCAGACAUCUGAAGGUAAAUAUUUAUUAUCAGACCUAGGCCCACAGGAGCGCAUGCAGAUUUCAAAAUUUACUGGACUGUCAAUGACCACCAUCAGCCAUUGGUUGGCAAAUGUCAAGUAUCAACUUAGGAAAACCGGAGGAACAAAGUUUUUGAAAAACAUGGACAAAGGACAUCCAGUCUUUUAUUGCAGCGACUGUGCAUCUCAGUUUCGAACCCCAUCUACUUACAUUAGCCACUUAGAAUCUCAUCUAGGUUUCCAAAUGAAAGACAUGAACAGGCUGGCUGUGGAGCAGCAAACCAAGGUAGAGCAAGAAAUCUCCAGAGUUUCAGUUCAAAGAUCUCCUGAAACAAUAGCUGGAGAAGAGGACACAGACUCUAAGUUCAAAUGUAAGUUGUGCUGUCGGACAUUUGCGAGCAAACAUGCAGUAAAACUUCAUCUAAGCAAAACACACAGCAAGUCACCAGAACAUCAUUCACAAUUUGUAGCAGAAGUGGAUGAAGAAUAACUCUUAAGGACGAAUGCCUUAGUUCCAGCUCUCCAGCCCAGGCUUCCCGCACCCAGCCCGCCUCUGCGCCUGCCACUCCAAUCCUGACAUUGAACUCACGGCAACCCGGACCAAGAAGACUGCCAAAAAAACUCCAGCUAUUCUUCUUCAUCCUCACUAACAAUUUGGUAAUGAAGUAUUGAUUUCCACUCCCCUGCUUAUGGACGAUAUUAGAUUUUCAUUGAUAAACUGCACUGGGGCUGUCUGGUCUCCGCUGUCCCUUUUUGCUGUCACUAAAACAAAGUGCCACUGAAGUAAGAUAAUGACUGGGAACAUUGAUGUACUUAUUUCGUCAAUUUGUAACACUUGACAGGAAAAAAAAAUUCUUCAUAGUUUAAUGUCCAAGUGUGCUCCACAAGAUGCAGUCACACUGGAAGCUUUACUUUUCAUGGUAAUGUCCAUUUCCUAUUUAUAACCCCUUUGGGAUAGUUUGUCUAAAGGAAAUGUUUCUAUUCUGUGCAGCUAUUACUGUUGCACCUGGCUUGCCCAAUCCAGUCAUUGCACUAGGGAUCAAUACAUCACAGUAAGUACAAGAAUUAUUAAGUUAAAACAGAUUCUGAGCCAAAAAACCUCUGAACAAUGUUAAUCUUCUGUGCAAGUUGUUCAAAUAGUUAUGCUUAACCAUGUUGCUGCCAAAGAUUUGUUUAAAAUGGAUUAUUUUCAGUUUGUUUUAUUCCUCAGAUAUAUAUAUAUAUUUAAAUCUCCAUUACGGUUUAUGACGAGACAUAUGCGAUGGAGUGAUUUUUAAACAAAAGCACUAUUGUUAGAUUAUUGAACAUUAUAUAAAUAUAGGUAUAUCUAUAUAUAAAUAUCGCUAUGUAAAUAUCUAUAUAUAGAUAUAAAAGAAUAAAAGUAGAGUUCCUUCCUCAGUUAGGCGAGUGUAAAUCUAAAUCUCUCUGUCGUAGUCCACGGAGUUACGCUGGAUUUGCGCCACCGUAAGUGAGAUCAGAAUCUGGCCUUCGCACCCUCUGUGUGGCCCGGCAAGGCCUGCGGCACGGGCAGGCUGGAAAGCGCAGCUGCCGGCAAGUCAGCCACGACCGAGGGAGAAGGGGGCUACAAAGAUGGCAAUUUCAAAUUUGUGCUUGUAACUUUUUUCAUUAAAACUUUGAGGCCCCAAUUUUAAUUUGUGGAAUAUUCACGUUAAUAAUGAGAUCUAAUUAAGACAUCCAUUAAAAGCCCGUUAAAGUUAAUUUAACGUAAAAAUUCCAAUAGAACUGUAUUAGAUUUUCUCCAUUAAAUUAACGUUAUGGAUUUUUAACGGAUGUCUUAAUUAUACAUUAUUAUUAACGGGACUACUGUAUUACACAGAUUAAAAUCGGGUCCCGCGUCAACUCACAAACUCUUCCAGGCUACGCUAAUGUCACGAGCCUCGCGUUACCUCGUGCACCGCUCGGAAAACCAGGCGCGGCCCUGUUCGCCCUCGCUGAGCGCUUCCUCGCAGCGAAAGCAACCUCCAGCGGACAAAUCCCUCUCUGCGCUUAACGACGAACCUCCCGUAUUCUCAAAGGAAGAAUAAGUCCGGAUCAAGUCGUAAAUCGCUACCCUGUCGCAAAUGAAAUCGUCGAGGUACGCGAGGCACAAGCGGAGAGGAGGAUCUUUCUUGAUAAGAGAGGGCUUUGGGGUGUCUUUUGCUCUUGUUUUAUCUUAGACGGUCAAGGCUAUAACUGAAGCGCGGCAUUCACAACGCCAGCCUAAGUACGGUUACCGCGUUCCCUGUGGCUUGCGCAGAAGGGCCUGUUUUGGCGUUGUUUGGGAAAUUUUGACAUGAUCCCUAAGCUCAACAUGGAGGAGAAAAAAAGGCCCUUCUUAUUUACCUCCUAGGGAAAGUGUUGCCCUUAUGCCACAUAUAAUAGCAAAUUGCUUUUUUUAUGGCAUGCAUAACCUAGAUGGGAAAAAAUAUGGCGCUUGAGGGAAGGAGGGAAAAAGUAAAUGAAGUUCCAGGAAUGUCAUUCUGAAGUAAUGAGGCAUGGACAGAAAAUAUACCCCUCACAUCAUCGGAUUGAGAUGGCAGUCGAAAUAGCUUCAUUGAAGUGUCAGCACUCAUCCAUCAAUCAAUCAUCCACAAGGAAAAAUAGCGACAGUACAACGGGGCGGCUUUUAUGGGAUUUACUCAUGGGCAUAGGGAAUAGCAGCUCAAAUGUAGUUCUGACAUGAAAAGCAAGGUGCUGAUAUUAUUUUUUAUGAUGGGAGGAUCAUAAAGUGAAUUGAGAACAGUGAGGUCUGUCUUUGCUUAACCUAUUCAACUGGAAAUGAACGGAGCUCAACUGGAAACGAGCAGAGCCUUCAGAUGGGUUACGAUUGAAGCCUGCACCGUGCUGAGCACCGGCCAUUGACAACAAAAUUCUAUUAAAGCGAAAUCAAUACAUUAGCAUCGAGCUCCUCAGAAGCUGCUAAAUUGCACAGCCCCGUUCGGAGUUAUUAAGUGAAGUUGCGCGAGGUGGGUCCUGCGGCGCCGACCCAACGGCAGCGACCGCUGCGGGAAAAUGUGACCUGGGAGGAACCACGCGCGCAUCCCCAGCCCCGCUCCUUUCCCCGAGCUUUUGGAUGCUCUAGAACAACGCUCGGCUCGUUGCGGCACCCAACGGGUGAAGCUCCCGCCGACUUACGGCGGCCCCGAUCCUGCGCCCCCGUUGCAGCCGGGCGUUUUGCUUCGGCACGACCCCCCCGUGCCGUACGUUUGGCUGCUUGCAGCCAUGGCCGAGCCGCACGGGUGCCGCCACGGGCUGCCGGGAGCGAGGAGCCCUCUCCCCGCAAGCGGGUGGCCCCACGGCGGCGGCGAGCCUGCGGCACCCGGGGCUGGGGCUGCUCGGGGCACCAGCUGCUCGGUUUUGGGCAGAAAAGAGGCUUCUCUGGUGCCCGGCACCCACGGUGCCACCGGCAGCCGCCCCAGCCCCAGCCGUGCCGGCACCUGGGACCCCAGAGCUCUCUCAAGGUUUUCGGGAGGGCUGGUGCCCCCGAGGCGGGUCUGGCCAGCCCAGCGGGGUGUUUUGCUCAGGAGGCUUCGCUCCGGCACAGGCGAGUGGCAGAACAGCUACUUAAUUUAAAAUCUGGCCACAAACCUUUAUUACACAGUGCUAAACCUUGAUUAUUUUGCCUGCAUCGCUGUCCUCUGGGAACAUUUUAGGUACACAUUUGAAUUAAGUAAUUUUUUAUUUUUUUUUUACAAUAUCAUAUAAAAAAAGAAAAUGUACAUCUCUCCUCUUUCUCUGUACGAAACUGGAUGAGUUGAUAGUUUAUCUGUCAUAUAAAUCAGGUAACACAGAAAAUCAUUGCAUCUUUUCUCUGUCGUAUCUACUCAAUAUCUAUCGUUCUGACUUUUAUUCUUAUUGGAGAUCAUCAAAACAUUAAUUAAAAGCCUGGUGAUCAAACAGCCGAAUAUUUAUGAUUCACGUCCUCGCUUAUUAACAAGUGGCAUAUUGAUACACCACAUAUCCACGCUGUUUAUGCUCUUGCACUGCAAUAAAGCAGCAAGGAUUGUUAUCCUUAGACACUGCUUUGAGAGGUUUAUUCAGAAACCAUACGGCCCUUCCCACCACCACCCAUGUCAAAAUAAGCCAUAUCACCUUAAAAAAAAAAAUACUCUAUUUAAAAGAGGGAGACAUAAUUAGCAUCCCUUUGGAGCCUGAUAUAUAAGAAUUUUGGUGGAUCAGUCUCAGGUGUUUUUUCCAGGAUCUUAUUAUUUAAGCUGAGAGGGAGAAGGACAGUUAACUUUAAAAAUGGCUGCCAUUAGUACAAUAAUAAUUGUUGGUUUAAAAAAAAAAAAGAAUCUCUGCAAAUCCACUAACAAACGUGCCCAGUAAUUGCUUGUCAAUGCAACUUAUCAUGGGUUUUAUUACCUACUUGUAAAAGUAUUUACAAGACUGACCUCCCUAGCUUUUUUAGAGAUCAUGGAGGAUAUAAGAAGUCAUUUCAAAGAUCAAUAAUUAUAUAUUAACACAAUAGGGGUUGAAGCCUUCCAAGCCAGUUUUACAGGCUAUUGAGUCAACUCUCUCACAUUCCGUGGGCAAGGACUGUUCCCCUAAUUUUUGGUCUUUUUUUUUGUCUUUUUUUUUUCCUUAAUCGUGUUUUGAUGAAGUACCAUAUUUCUUGACUAAUGCGUACCCACAGUUCGGUUCCUAAAAUAGAAGGGGGUAUUCCCACUGGGCAGCACCCGCGCAGGCUUUGCACGGAAAGCAAGCUGCCCUCGGUGAUCGGGAAGCACAACAGUAACAGGGUUCUGGCUCGGGGCAGCCUCUGGGUGAGAGGUGCCGAGGGGAGACGCGCUGUCGACAGCAUCACCCGCUGCUACUGACCACGAAGGCGCUGCCCUGGCUCAAGCACAGCAGCGCGGGUCGGCCGGCCGGUCGGUCUGGCUCUGAAUAUAGGGUUUCUAUCGAACCUGGGGAGAAAACACAGGGGAAUGAAAGGCGGCAACCUAAUUUUAGGCAGAGAUUUCCUCCCGGCAAAGAAACGACCGCUCGGCGCCCGAGGCCAGGCUGGGCUGCGGCCACCGUCCCCGUCCCCUCCGCGCUCGCCGUCGUAACUCUCAGGCUGGAGAAAGCGCCUCGGCUGAGUGGAGGUGGAUCUCCGGCACACAGGGCUUUUGUUUUUGCAAACAGAUAUACGAUGCAAUUUAUAUUUAAAAUUCUCUCUAUAAAGACAGUAUUGAUCACACAUUCCAGAUCAAUAUGUUGCAAUUACAGCAGGCUUUAAAGGCCAUCUGUCCCCAAGCAAGAGCACUGAUAUAACCACCUCUAUAUAUUUUGAAAAAGUGCUACUGGUAUGUGCCCAUCUUCUCACAGUACGCCCUGACAUAUUAUUUUUGCUCCUAGGAAGCUGUUUGUAGGAGCUACAUAGAGUUGUAAUUCCCGGUUACUGGCCACCCCCGAGGAGACCUCCGACCAGCUCCUCGCUGGGUUUCAAAGUCACCACAGGGUCAGCGACACGGUGGUUUCCUUGGCCUCGUUCUCCUGCUCCGCCUCACAAUUCAUCCCACAGGUUGCAGCUUCCCUGUGUGCCAAACCUCUGGCCUCGCUUGAAAACGAUCAGCAAGAGGUUAUUGAAUUUCACUAAAACUAAGAACUUUUCCGUAACGGUGCUGAAGAGCUUGAGCUGGACAUCGGUAGGUGUAAACUGAGCCUUUUCUGUAUGUGACAGAUUGGAGCACAGCGAAUAGAGCAUUUUGAAACUCGUAACUAAAGAAUACAUGGCAUGCAUCUCAAGGCAGAUUUCAAUUCACAUUUCAUCAAACCGAGGUCCUAAUUUGUCAGCACCUGGAGUCAAGAUAAGUCUUUCUGUUGACAGCCCUGGAUGAGCCACCAGGUAGUUAUUCCAGAAAGAAAGGCUUCCUGGAUUUUCUUCAUUUCUUAAUUAUUUCCUGCAGUGGUUGACUUCACGCAAGCACGCAGACUUUAGGAUUAUUUUUUUAUUAUUAUUCUCCAGUUGUCUCCUGAAGGAAAGUGGAAGAAUUAAAAAAAUAAUAAUAAUAAUAAUAAUGGGAUUGCUGUGGUAAUAGAAGCCAACAUACCUUUGCAAAAGAACAUGCGCCAAGUGUAAAAAGCUGGGGUGCGCAUCCCGCAUGUGCCACGCCGCGGCCCGCCAGCGCGUCCCUAAUGUCCCCCGCAGCCGCCUCCCUACGCUUUCAUUGCAGUCUCCAGCUUUAUUUAUACCCACGUCUCAAAAAAACAGAAGCCAGAUUCUGAAUUCAUUCAUCCUGGUGUAAACCCAGAGCUGCUCCUUCGAAUUCAGUAUAUUUACCCUCUGCCUACGCAGCGCCAAGGGCUGCCCUCACGGUCCUACCCUUGGGUUCCUAACGUGGUUAGAUGGUUUUGAAAACUGCCCCAGCAAACAGUCUCUAGCGUUGUGCAGCUCAACUCUAAGGCCCAGUCUGCACUUCAGAAGGUUUAUAGUUAGGUCAGGGAAGCGACUGCAAAAGUUCGUUACUGACGUGACUACGCCGGUAAAAGUCCUGAUGCGAGAGCAGUUGUAUCGCUAUAAAGCACUUUAUACUGGUACAGCUUAUUUUGCUUUGCUGGACCACUUUUUUACCAGUGGAAGCACUUGUACCCCGGCGUGCUUCAGUCUACACUGGUGGUCGUUUCUUUGGUUUAACUGUGCCGGCAAAAAUGUGAGGCGUAGAAAAAGUUUAAGAUGAGGCUGUUGUGUCUUGUACCAAAUUAUCUGUACAAUAUUUUCUUUGAGAGCAUUUUUAAAGGCGGAAUAGCUGUACCACUGGACUUAACUGCAGAGUAAUAAACUUCCAGUUCAUCAUCAGCCUCAGCUCAUGAAAUGUCUUCGGGCCUUUGUAAAAAGCCCUGUUUGAGACAACAGAUUACCCGCUAAUCCUAGCAGGCCGUACAUCUCCACUUGAGUUCAUAGCAUCUAGCUGAGCAAACGCGUUUUUAUUUUUUUUCUUUUUUGAUCUAAGUAAAGACAACAAAUUCUUUGAUGAGCUAGCAGGGGAGAAAAAAAAAUCAAUAUUUUAAAAAGAAAAUGAAAAUAGCAUCUUUCAAAAAAAUGCAGCUACGUCGAAGGCAAGGACCGCUUCCCCUUGCAACCCAUGUCCCCGCCGGGGCGCCAGCCCCAGCAAGGGACGCGUUUCCAGUACUUGAACAUCCAGGCGACUGUCCCAGAUGAGGAAGAGGCGUAUGGGCAGCGCUUGCGCUUGCCUACGAGCCUGCGUAAGGGUCACGGGUUACACAUCCGUGCGGCCCCCCGCCCCCCCGCCCCAGGAGCGUGUGCCGGCACUGCCACGCCACGGGUGCUGGCAAUGCCACGCCGCGUGUGCCGGCACUGCCACGCCACGGGUGCUGGCAAUGCCACGCCACGUGUGCCUCGCGCCGCAUACACGGGCACCGAGGCCGUGGCCCCGCUGGCGCCAGCGGCACGGCCGGGGCCUUCAGGAUGGCCCGUGCGGGAUUUUGGCUUUACAAUGCAGCAAAUGCUGGAAUGUGCAAUACAGGUUGCAAAAGCUGACAAGCUGAACAGUCCUUCUUUGGCUCAGGGUAUUCACCGUCGUCCGUCUCUGGCACAACGCGCCCUUUUGUCCGGUGCUCAGGCCCCACUCCUUAAUCCUUUGUUGGCUUGGGGUUUUUUUUUUUUUUCCCUCUACUUUUAUUUUGGGUUUUAUUACCUCGAAUCGUGCAAGAGCCAUCCUCAUUCCAAAAAGCAUGGCCGUAAUAGUAAAUUCGACAGUUUUGCUCUGCCCCAGCGCUUGUGGUAUGUGGUAAGUUUGUUAUUGGCAGCAUCUUCAGGUUACGUCUGUGACCCGUGGUGUUCGGUCGAGAGUUUUGUUUAAAAAAAAAAAAAAGAAAAAAAAAAGAAAAGAAUCAAAAGGUCGUUUCUCUUUAAAAACAACCCUGUAUAUACUACAAAUCGCAAAAAGGCAAGAUUAAACACAUUUUUUAUAUUAACGACGCAAACGGGACUCCUUUCCGCGAGGACUCACGGUGACUUUAUCUGUCGAAUGUUUCGGUGCUUCUGCACUGAUUUUGUAACAAGUGCAUGCUGUACAGAACAUAUUGCCUGUAACUUAGGGCGGAGGGGGGCCAAGCUGCCGCUCCUUGGGCGCCGCAGCUUGUUUGGAUGAAAAGUUACGCCUUUGAUGCAUUUUUAUACUGUACAUAUUUGUAUAUAUUAACUAUAUUGCCAUGUUAUGAACACAGAUUUUGUUAUAUUUGCUUGUUUCAGUUUCCUACAAAAGUUGGUCCAUGACGGGGGAUAUUUUUUUUUUUUUUUUUUUUUUUUUUUUGUACAGGAAAUACGCUUGUAACUUCCGUUUGUUUGUUUUCUUGGUCAUCAUCGUUUAAUGGUUCAUAAAGGAAUUAGAGAUGAGUUUUUGGAGGAACUCUGAGAAGCAAGUCUGUGUUUGCAUGAGACCUGCCCAGUUGCUGGCUAUAAAGGGGGGGCGGGGGGAAGAGGGGAAAUCUAAGUCAAGUUUUGCUUUUAAAGCAUGCUUAGUCCCAUGGGAAAACUCAUACAUGUACAAUUAUCCUCUUUGUAUUUUAUCUAAUAGUGCCUGAAAUUUUUUUUUGUUAAUGUCUUCUUGGAGGAACAAUUCAUAAUUGUCAAAAUUUGAAACAUUAGCUUAAUUUUGUUUUCAUGACCUCUCAUUUCUCCUCCUUAUUUAUUUUGUUGCUGUUUAUAAUGGGCCCCAAGGCCAUUUCUGACAUUGCAGUGUUCUUCUUCCACAUUAAGGAUGUUUUUAAAAUUACUGAGAUUAUUGAGCCAACAGGCUGUUUUAAUCAAAACCAUGUUUCACUCGGUUUCGAUGAGCCCGAGCGGCCGUCGCGAUGCGGCCCCUCUGCCGGGAGGACCGUACCACCUAGCGGCCCUGGCACUCCGGCGCCCGCCCGCAGCGCCCCGUCCUCGCCGGCUGCCUCACGGCCCGCCUGGCAAUUUCCCUUCAAAUUAGUUGCUUGUUAUAAGUAACUUAAACUAAACAAAUUGAUAAUGUUAAUGGCUUUCCCCUCCCCCCUUUGGUUGAUUGCUAAAUAAAUUCGUAUAAUUUAUACUAGAGGAGAUUACCGCUUUUAUUGUUUUGGGUUCCCCCAAACCAAUUAUUAACAAUCAGGACUAUGUAUCUCAUUAAAUUUAAAUCAGGUCAAACCUAUUUAUCUAAGGCCUUUUCUGAUUUAGAGGAAGAUGACUGUAUUCCAGUGCAUUUAAGAUGUAUUUCUGGGUAUGAUUUUUGCAGCAUUGAGAUCUAUUAACGGUGAUUUUUGUUUUUUCUUCUGUCUUUUUACCACGGUAAAUACAUCGUAACAAAAAAAAAAAAAAAUCCCUCAACUUUACCACAGAAAACAUUACUUUCUGUGCCCAGGGAUUUUUAUUUUUUUUUAAUAAAAUCACUGCAGUUUUAGAACUGUAAUUAAAGCCCUGAAUAAUAGAUCACACAUCUUUAUCUGUUGUGUUUAAAAGGAAAAAAAAUAGCCCAAACUGUUCCCAUAAUCCUGAAUGCCUCAUUUCCAUAAAAAAGGUUUCUAUACAUAUAUUAUUUACAUUUUUAAACAUGGUAAUUCUUUUCUUUGUGGCAUAAAAUGUCUCUUUUCCACUGCAGCUAUUGGAAAGCGACUGCUCACAUCUGAAAUGUUAUCGUAAUUUGCAUCAGGAAACCCAACUGCAGACAUUAAGGACUUGGGUGUGUUCAAUUAUGAUUUUGCUGGAGGCUGUCCCUCAUUUUAAUGCUGCACUCAUUGAACUACCUUUCUGAAAUCUAGCUGAUACGGUUCACCAUAGACAUGCUUCACAACAUCAUUAGCUUUGCAAAUGGCUUCAUUUCAGUCAAUGCAGACUUCAGUUUUGGCCAAUUGUAAAAUGGAAAUUUGAAAAGGGAAAAAAAAAAAACAGAUGCACUUAAAACAUGAAAAGAAUUAUUUAUAUGAUAAAAAUAUAUUUAGAUUUUCAAAGCACAAGACUGAACAGAAGUGCUCUUUUUAUGCUUUCUGAAGAUGUUACUGUUAAAAGUCUUUCUACAUCAGGCUUAAUAAAUCUGUAAUGACAUUUGA